AUGGAAAAAAGCAUGGGAAAACACGGCCAAAUUGUUACAAAACCAAAGCCGAGCUGCCCAAAUAUAGAAGAUGAAUUAAGAGCAAUUUGUGCGCCAUGCAAAAGCAGUAACCUCAAUUACAUUAAGGUAAUGUGCGAAAAGGCUUUGUUAAGUUUUAGGCACUAUAGGGAUGUAGUAUAUAAGACAGAUUGUGACGAAAAUGGAGAAAGAUUUAAACAGUUUCCUGCCACAGAUAUCUGUUCAGUUUGUAGGGAAGCUAUAAUAGCAUCUACAAAAUACUCAGAUUCAAUGCAAUUGUCUAUAUUGGGUAUGAACUGUAUUCAACAAAUACUAAUACCAGGGCUAUUAGAUACUUCGCAUAAAAUAACAAUAUUAGCAGUGUUAAAUGAAAUUACAUUAAAGGCUUCUAUUACAAUUAAGAAUAAAACCAAGCACACAUCUAUUAAUUAUCAUGGAAAUCACUCUAAUUCAAACAGUGAUAAAGAACAGGUUUUACUAAAAGUGAUUCAAACUAUAUUAUUGUUUUUGUCUCCAGAAAUACUCGAAUUUAAUGAAGCUAUGAUUACACUAAUAGUUAGUAUAAUUUCAACUCUAUUUAACUUGUCAGGUUAUUACCAAUUAAUUCAAAUGUCUCAGCUUGCAAUCAGACAGCUUAUAAAUAUAUCACUAGAUUACAUUGAUUCAAGUAAAGCUAAUAAAGAAGAUAGUAAAGGUAUUUCAGAAGUUGUUUCUCUAUUAUUAAUUAAAGACAUAUCAAUCAUGAUAGAUAAGAAUAUUGUAGAGAACGUUAAAUUAGUUUCAAACAGUAAAACUUCAAAAGAUAAUAUAACCCCACUAUCCUUACUUAAAGGAGGAAUUACAAUUCCAUCAGAAAUAUGCCUGGAUUUAUGGUAUGAAAUUCUGGAUAACAAUGUAUCAAGUAGAAGAUCACUGUUGGAAAAUAAUGAAGAUUUAAGAAGCAUAAUUCAUAAUAUAUUAUUUCCGACUCUAACUAAAUGUAUUCAAAAUGCAUGCUUAGAGUUGAACCCAAAAAUGUCUCAGAACAUUCACGACUUUGUUAUGUUUGCUAGGUUUAUCAGAUUAUUUGUCAAGAUUUUGGAAUUUAACUCUAGUAAGAAGUUACAAGGUCCUUUUAUUAAAGACUGUAUUUGUAACUCCUUAAUAAGUUUUAUCCAAGUGAUUUCUGAUGGUAAUUACUCUAAUAUACCAAGUUGGUCUCUUCAAUGUAUUUUAGAAAUGUUGAGUGAAUUAGUUCAAAACCCAGAUACACUUAUCAUAAUUGGAAACUAUAAUGUUAAAUUGCCAAAUAAAGAGCAAAAAAUGAAUGAAGAAUGUGGAAUAACGAAUCUUCUGGAACUUAUCAUCUUCAACAUCAAUCAAAUUCUGGUUUCUCUUAAUGACCAACUUGAUAUCCUUCACUCAGCUGAAAAUACACUAAACUUAUCUGUACCAUCUUUUCUUAAUGAGAAAAUUUCUCUUCCUUCAAUACUUUUACCUCAACAUAAUAAUACCAGCAUUGAAUGUGGGUACUUUAUUAUUGGCUCAUCUAAAAAGACUUCGGAAAAAAACCUAAGACUUAUCGACAUUAUCAUGGAAGAUGAUCGCAUUUAUCACAUUUCAAAAUAUUAUACUUUUGGCGGGAACCAGGCACAUGCAGGAGGCACUACUAAUUUGCCUGCAGGUAAUAUGCAGAGCUUGUCAAAUUUAUCUUCGGUUGUUUUGAUAUCACUAAAACCAAUCGAAAUAUCUCUACUGGUUUUUGAUAUAAUUUUGAAUAUUUCAACGUGUUUAAAUAGUAUUUAUAAGGGCCUGAUUAAUGGUGAUUUGGAUAAAAAAGUAGAAUUUGAAAAAUUGGUAUUUAAUAUUUGGGAUAAAUUUUAUAUAUUAAUAAAACAAUGCAUGGAUUACUACCUUUUAAGAUAUUAUGUAUAUAGGAUCAUUACUUUUCUAUUUAUAAUUUCAAAUUUACCUGAAUUUAAGUCAAAACUAAGUAACAUUUUGGAGUUAAUUUUUGAAUCGUUAGAGAAAUACUACAAAAAUAACCAAAUCUUAGAGUCCAGAAUUCUUACUGAUGCAGUUAUGCUGGAGAAAGUGUUUUCAAUAUAUAAAUGUUUUUUAUCUAUUUCAUAUCAAUUUAGUGAGUGCUUAGAUGAGGUUUCUUGGCAACUGUUAUUUAGAUACAUGGAAUAUAUUGACCGUAUAUUAGAUAUUGGAUUGGGGCCUAUGGUAAAAUCUAAUGAAGUAAAGUCUAGAUCUGUAACUGAAAUUGGAGAGUCAGUGGAACUUGAUAAGAACUUAUUAAACCAGAAACUUGAACAUCAACCUUCUCUUGAAAAUGGAGAGUCUAUUGAGUUAAGCAAUCUUAAGACUAAAGAUGGAAAGGUAAGAGAUGGUCAAAUAAUUAAAACUCUCAUGGCUGAAUCUACAAUUCUUAGAGCAUCUCAUCAGGUAUUUCUAAAGGAUCACAUCAAAAAAAUUUCGGAAAAUACCAUGAAUUGUGUGAUUAAAGGCAUAUACAAAGAGCUAAGUUUUAUUAUGUACAAAGAUAAUCUGGAUAUCGAAGUUUUUGACUAUAUGCUUAAACAGCUUAGUUGUAUUAUUCAAUCCAUCUACGACAAAAUGAGUUACAACUUAUUCAUUCCAAUCUGGAACGACAAAAUUAUUCCUCUUUUACUGGAAACUGUCAAACAAAAUAAUUUCUGCAACACCGGUAUUGCAUGCGCACAAGACCAACCCACAUGCAAUUUGGAAAAUUGCAUGCAUUCUAGUCAUAUCUGUCCACAUGAAAAAAAUAAUGACGUGGAGAUGAAUAAAAAUAAGAAAAUAACAAGAAACAAUGUAGAAAAUGUUGAAAUGUUUAAUAGUAUAAUGAAUUUUUUGUCGUCAACAAUAACAACAAUUUUUAAGUUCAUUGAUGAAGAAAAUCCUAUGUUGAUGCAAAAUAAUGUUCAGACAAGUUUGUUAAAUCCUUAUUUAAUGUUGACUGGAUUAUUUCCAAUGUAUAACACUUUGCUUCUCCGUUCGCUAUAUUCAAUAUUGUGCUCAACAAUACCAAGGCUGGACAAUUCUACAUGGAUAUUGAUUAAUGUAUUAAUUAAUAAUAUAAUUCAAGAGAGAUAUUCUAAAUAUAUCAAGUACCUUAAAUAUGAGAAAUCCACUACUAAUGAAAAUAUAGUUAUCAAUGGUUCAAUAUUGUUUUUGGAAUCAUUAAGUAAUGAAUGUUUAAAUUCUGAAAAAGAUCAAAUUGAGAAUAACCAUUUGGAUAUUGAUUAUGACAUAGAGUUACUUCAAGCAUUAUUUUCUCUGAUAGAAUAUAUCAGUGAUGAGGCUGAAAUACGCUUUUUAAGCAAUACAAACAAAAUAUCUUCGUCUUGGAAUUUAUUAAUUGAAUCUAUUGCCGUAUUUGGUCGUGUAAAUAUUUCCACAGAAAACAUGGCGUUUCAAGCUGUAAGUUUACUAUGGAAAUUAACUGAUUUAAUAGGACCUUCACUAUCUAAAAAUAAUCAAAAUACUCCAAUUGAACCGGAGGAAAGUUUUGAUUGUAUGAGCGAAUAUGAUGUUGAAACAGAUACUAAUAAGAUUUUAGUAUUCAACCAAAGGAAUGUCAAGAUAAGCAUGAAUAAGAUUAAUAGAGUUUUCUACUCAGAUUAUACCAACAUUGAGAUAAUUUGGUUGAAUAUAAUACUUCAGUUGGAGGACUUAUGCAAAGAUCCACGUCAAGAAAUAAGAAAUUGUUCACUUAGAAGCUUAUUUUCCGCAUUAAUAACACACUUUAAGUACAUAAAGAACCAGUUAUUGAAAUCAAUUAUUGUAAGAAUUCUUGAGAAUGUUCUAUCGCUUAGUAUAGAGCAGUACAACAAUUCCUACAAAGAAACCAAUUAUGAAGAAUUACAAAGUUUUAAUUCUCUUUUAAAAGAUGACAAAGAAUCUAAAGAAACAACAACUACAGCUCUUUCAAAGAAAGAAACCGAAAAUGUAUAUUCUAGCCAAAUUAAUACAUCCUUGGAGUUUGAAAAUAUUAUUCCUGCUCCACAAAAUUAUGAUUCUGAGUUAAAUAAAACGGGUAAAAAAGAUGAAUGCCCAUCUUUAUCCACUAGUUUUAUAAGGAAUUCUCAGCAAAACAAACUUUGGGAAGGAACAUUGGCUAUUUCUAUAGAUGGAACUUUAAGAGUAAUUAAGGAGUUAUCUCAAAGUAAUGUAUUGAAAGACCUGGAAUCUCAAAAUAUAUGUCAUGAAUGCACAAUGUUUUUAUACAAAACAAUAUCACUUUUGCUAUCUUAUAAGAAAGAAAACUGCGAUCGUUCUGGUGGUUUUAAUAACAAUAAUAAUGCUAUAAUAUAUGCAAAAGAUAUACAGAUUACCUCAAUUAAGACAUUAUAUGAGCUGCUAGUUGUUUCAAUGAGAAUUGGUAAUAAGGAAUUAUGGAAUUCAGGUUUUCUCAUUUAUACAGAAAUUAUUGAUAGGAUUCUUACUCAAAGUUGUGAGACUUUAAAAAAGCUGCAAAGAGCUGAGGAAUUUAUUCAAGAUCUAGAUCAAAGUUCUAAGGAUGAUUCAAUUUACAAAUCAUAUAACAAUUAUGUUCACAAGUUAACCAAGUUCUAUUUAUCUGACAAGUUAGCAGAAUCUUUGCUCCAGUCCGUGGUUGAUUUACUCAUUUUAAUAAAUGAAGAUGGUAAUAUGACAAAAUAUAUGCUAUUUGAUGAGUCUUUUAAACAAUUGACUAUACUAUUGGAUCUGAUUAUUUCAAUCAUUACAUCUACCGAUACCUUUAUUCACCAUACGGUACCACUAUCUAAUUUGAAUUACCCAGAAAUAACUGACCAUUUUCUAGAUACACUUAAAGAAAUUAUUAAUAGACAAUCUAAUGAUCAAAGAUGUAAAACUGGGUUAUAUGCCAAGUUUUCCGAGUAUUAUAACAAUCAAUAUGGCAAAAAUGAUACCGAUUAUGGUUUGCUUGUAUCAUCAUUAUCAUCAUAUGGUUGUAUAUGGGGCAGAGACAAAAGUAAUCCAAUUUCAUCAUUGUAUAUUCCUAAAUUAGUUAACUUUGAAAAAGACAAUCAAGAACAUGUUAAAUCAGGUAAAGAAUUUAAUACUAAUGGAAGGAAUAUAAACCGGCUGAUAUAUAUUGAUGAUUAUAAUAAUAGUGACUUUAUUCAUGGAAAUUACAUUAAAAAAGUUGGAAAUACUUCACUUUUGGAUGAAUUCUACCAAAAAAGAAAGGAUCAAUUAAGUAAUAAAGAAUUAGAAUCUGAGCAUUUGAACAUUGUUUAUUUGUUGAGAAAUAUUAGUAAUUUAAAUAUGUUCAAACCAGAGGCCAAUUAUUGUUACUAUUUAAAAUGUAAAGAAGUCUCUAAAGUUGAAAUGAAAUCAAUUGAUGAAAAUAUUAUAGAGAGAACUAAUAAUAUCGGUACUAGAUCAUAUUUAUGUUCAAUAAAAAAUAAUAAUGAUUAUUUAUCAUCAUGUAUUAAUGGUGAGAUCAGAUUUGUAACAACAAUACAAAAUAUAGGAAUGGAGGCACUACAGUUUUACAUUAUGAGUUUGUUAUCCUUUAAUCAAGUUAAAAACAUUGAAUCUAGUGUUUUGGGAGAAAUUUCUUUCAGAAAUAUAUUAAUACCUCUAGUAAUUAAAAAGUUGUUGGAUACUUUGGUAAUACAUAAAGAUUUGUUUAUGGAUACUAAUAAGAUAGGAAUAUCUAGUAAGAUUAUAUCAUUAUUAGUUGGAUAUAAUAGAAAUAUAAUACUCAAAAGUAUGGAAAUGUUUCAAUUGUUUACUAUUGAAAAAGAUCAAAUAAAGAUUCAACAAUUAUUAAGUGGAAUGUUAACUAAUGAGAGUAGUUCAAUAAUUCAAAUGAUGAUGAUUUUACCAUAUUUAUUUGAAAAGUUACUAUUACUUAUGGAAUUAGAUAGGGAAAGGAUAUAUGGGAUUUGGAUGGUGGCAAAGGAGGCUAUUUUAGUAAUCAUGCAUGAUUGGAUAUCAUUUAUAGCAUAUAUCAAAAUGGAAUUUAGAGAUAUUCAUGGAGAAGAUUUUAAUUCAAUUAAGAAUGAGUUUAAUCAAAUUAUUAUGGAGAAUAUCUGGCCAUUAUUUGUUGAAAUUAUUGGGAAUAUGGUAAAAGAAAAUCAAGGUUUUGGACUAAAAAUUGUUGCAAGUAAUAUAUUAAAUAAAAAUUUACUAAAGGUCAAUAAUUACAUUGAAAAUUACUAUUUAUAUUUUGAUAUAUUAUUAGUAAAUGUGGCUAUGGAUUUUAUUUUAUUAUUAAAUAGAUUGAAUAUAAGAGAUGAGUUACAAGAGCAGAAAAGGGAUGAUAUAGAGGAUUUGGAGAUGUUUGAAUUGCCUUACAAAUAUUAUAUAAUAAUGAUCAAUUACUUUGAUAGCUUCAUUAACGAUAAUAAUUCUAUUAAUCGAUUGGAGUUAACAAUUAGGAGUGCCACAGAAGAAUAUAAAAGGUCUAAUUAUAGGGAAAAUAUGAAUUUUGGACUGUCAGCUAUUCAUGGUAAUGUUACUAAUGGCAAUUAUCCAACUUUAAAUGUUAAUUAUCAGACAUUGAAGAUAUAUAUAAUAGAAAAGUUAUUUGCUUUGUAUGAUCAUUUGAACAAUAAAUUAAGGUCAAUAGGAAGAAGGAAUAUUAUUCAUAUUAUUAACAAAGAAGACAAAAAUGAAAAAUUAAAUGAUCAUGGAAAGGAUGAGAUAUUAAAACUAAGGUCAAAAGUGAGAGAUUUGGUUAAUUGUGUUGAAGAAUUGGGAGGUAUAUUGCAUAGAAUGACAAGUAAUAUGUUUAAGAAUUUUUCUAUGGAAGAUUUACAGAGUGGAUUAAGACCAAUGCCACAUUUAAAAAUAGAAGAAAUUCAUUCAUUAUUGGUUUUAAUUGAGAAACAUUACAAGGUAUUAAGAAUUUUUGAAGAAGAAAAUUUGGAUGAAACUAAUGAAAUCCAAUUGGAGAUUAUUAAAGUAGGAAAGAAAUGUUUUGGGAAUUAUAUAGAAAAUGUAUUACCUGAGUUAAUAGAGUGUGUUACAUGCAAAGAUCAAAGUAUUCGUCAAAAAUUGAAAAGUAUUUUGUCUAGUUUAUCCAUUGAUAUCUCAAAAGACUAUAAUUCUUUGCUUUUAAAUAAAUUUUGA